AGCGAGCUCGCGAUUUGCCGCUACUUUACACUGGCCGAGUGCCGACUCUCCUCAGUCGCAAACGUGCAACGAAGUAACUCGCUACACGCUCGCUCGUUUUACCUAUCUCUUGUCUCGUUGGCAGAUUACACAAGCAAACUCCCUCAAAAUGGUUCACGAAGUUCAAACUCAAGAAGAGCUUAAGACGAAGCUGACAGAAGCUGGAGACAAACUUGUUGUCAUUGAUUUCUAUGCCACCUGGUGCGGACCAUGCAAGAUGAUUGCUCCUAAAUUGGAAGAGCUCUCCAAGGAAACCACUGAUGUUGUCUUUUUGAAAGUCAAUGUUGACAAUUUGGAAGCAGUAGCCGAAGAGUAUGAUAUCCACAGUAUGCCCACUUUUGUAUUUAUCAAGAACAGUCAACUUGUUGAAAAAUUCAGUGGAGCUAACAUCCAAAAGCUCAUUGAAACAGUGAACAAACUGAAAGCCUAAACAUUCCUAAUAAGUUAUUUUAAAUACUGUAAAAAGAUUACAACUUUUCUUGAAGUUUUGCUUCUAGUAAUUUUACCACUGUUUGAAUGUGGCUUAAUGUUUACAUAAAAUGCACAUAAUCACAAGUUUUCAUUUUUUAUACAAUUAUUAUUACCCACGAAAAAUCAACGAAAUAUAUACUCUGUACAUCACAAAAAAUGAACUCAAAUUAUAAACUUUUAUCAAUUUAAAUUGUAUACUCUUAA